GCUGUGAAGACGCUAGCGUGGUCAUCGAAUGGACGCCAGCUUUUCACUGCAGGUGAGGGGUACACGAUCAGAAAGUGGGCGACCAAAACGGGAGAAGCCUCUCUCGACGUAUACAGUCAUUUCCAUAGGAUUCAAUCCUUCGACAUCUCCCACGACUGCUCAUUGGUAGUCGGCAGCACAGAACACGCUGUCCACCUUUGGGAUGCAAAUACCACAGAAAUAUUCGCAAUACCCAUGGAGAGAAAACACGCGUUCACCAGAAUGGUCAAGCUUACUCCAGAUGCAUCUCGGAUUCUUGUGGGGGCAAGCAGCCAGUACAACCCAGAGGCCACGGAUCACAACUCCGGCUAUUCAAUCGAAGUCUGGGACAUCAAAUCGGGUCGACUGAUUCACACUAUUUGGGGACAUACCCAUCCGAUAUCAGCAUUCAGCGUAUCUCAAGACGGCUCAAGAUUUGCAAGCGCAAGUGCAAAAGAUGGCUAUGUUCGUCUUUGGGAUGCUUAUAUUGGGGCUCUGGUUCGCUCUAUGGAUCACGAAAGUGAUGUUCUAUCAGCCGCGUUUUCUUCAGAUGGAUCGCACAUAGCUACUGGAACACUGGAAGGUUAUAUCAGAAUCUGGGAUAGAGCAACGGGGAAAUUGGUACUUGGGGAGGUAGGGCCAUGUCCAUCAAUGAUUUGA